AUGGCGUUGGAACUUUUCACGGUUUUGCGUCUUGCAGAUCCGGCUGGCAUUUUAUUCGCCGCAGAGUUGACGGCUGACGACGGUAAGGAUCGUUCUUCGGGCGGUUCCUCAUCGAAGCUUAUGCUACCGUCCGCUGAAAUGAAUCCGGAAAACAUCAUCAUCAUCUACAACCGAAUCCCGAAAACCGGCUCUACGUCCUUCAUGGGCCUGCUGUACGAUGUAUGCGUGCGCAAUAACUUCCAUGUCAUUCACUUGAACACCUCCCGCAACACUCAUGUCAUGUCGCUGUCCGAUCAGUUGAUUUUUGGCCAGAACUUCAGUAACUGGGUGACGCGCAAGCCGGCCGUUUAUCACGGACACAUUGCAUACAUAGACUUCGAAAGGUGAGU